CGCGGCAGAGCCAUAGAAAUCCGAGUGUGAUAACGAAAGGAGGGCAUGUGUGGAAGUCAGGGUGUGUCGCACUGAGAGUGGGAGGGCCACUUCAGGUCUCAGGAAGAGUGCAGCACCUGUCGGUGUGUGAUUCAUAGCAAAGUAAACGAAGUGAAGGACUGCACUGCUCCACGUCAGCGGAAAACAUGCAGAGCAUAAGCUCUCCGGGAGGCCGGGUCCUCUCUGAGGAGCAGUUCAGCUGCUCCAUCUGUCUGGAGGUGUUCGUGGAGCCCGUCUCCACACCCUGCGGCCACAGCUUCUGCAAGGCCUGCCUGCAGGGCUACUGGAACCACAGCAAGAAGUUCACCUGCCCCAUGUGCAAGAAGUGCUACUCCAGAAAACCUGAGAUGAGUGUCAACAGGGUCCUGGCUGAAAUCUCCACCCAGUUCCAGGGCCUGAUGCUGGCCGGAGGAGCUGGAGGGGCCGGGGGAGCCGAGGCUGCCUCACGGGGAUCCACACUGAAUCUGAGCUCAGAUACAGGUCCUGGGGCCUCUCCAGGGCUCGACACCGGGGAGUUUGCCCGGGCUGGGGAAGUCCCCUGUGAUGCCUGCAUUGGGAGGAAGUUAAAGGCCCUCAAGUCUUGUGUGAACUGUCCUGGGUCAUUCUGUGACACCCACCUCAGACAUCAUAAAAAGGUGAAGACUCUGAUGUCUCAUCGUCUGAUCGAACCCACUUUCCACCUGGAGGACAAGAUCUGUAAGAAACACGAUCGCCUUCUGGAGGUCUACUGCCGCACAGACCACACCUGCAUCUGCACGGCCUGCGCCGAGACCUCUCACAAAUCCCACGACAUUGUCUCCACUGACCACGAGUGGAAGAAGAAGAAGAAUAACGUGGGUAAGAAGAGGUCAGAACUCAAACAUCUGAUCAAGGAGAGAUCCAAGAAACUGGACGAGAUCAAACAAUCCAUCAAGGUCAUCAAGGCCAGCGCUCAGAAGGAGUUGGAGGAGAGCUGGCAGGUGUACGCGGAGCUGCAGCAUAUGGUGGAGCAGAGUCAGGCGGAGUUGGUGGAGCUGAUCGCCACGAGGCAGCGUGAGGCUGAGCGUCACGCUCAGGAACUUGCCCGAGGUUUGGAGAACGAACUCAGCCAGCUGAGGAGGAGGAGCAUCGAGCUGGAAGCUUAUGCACAGACCCAGGACAAAGUGGUCUUCCUGCAGAAUCUUGGGACACUGUCGCCCCCACCCGAGCCCACUGAUUGGUCAGCGGUCAGCAUCAACACUGACCUCUACCUGGGAACCAUCCGCUCAUCCGUCAGCAGCCUUAUCGACAAAUUCCAGGAGGAGCUCAAAAGGCUGUACGGGAAAGAGCUCCGGAAGGUACAGAACUAUUCAAGUGAAGUGAUUUUGGACCCUGCCACAGCCCAGAGGAACCUGGUUGUGUCAGAUGACGGUCGCCAGGUGAGAUAUGAAGAGCGCAGAACCUCCCACUCUGAGGGUCCGAAGCGCUUCAGCCCCGCCCUCUUCGUCCUGGGCCGUGAGGGUCUCACCUCUGGGCGACACUACUGGGAGGUAGACGUGGGGCGCAAGACGGCCUGGACGCUUGGUGUGGCUGGCGCCUCAGCCCGCCGCAAGGGUGAGAUUAAGCUGAGUCCUGAGGGGGGAUACUGGUGCCUGUGGCUGAAGAACGGGGAGGUGAAGGCUUUGGCAUCGCCCCGCCUGCCUCUACUGUUGCCGUCCCAAAUGAGUAAAGUGGGAAUCUUCCUGGAUUAUGAAGGAGGCCAGAUUUCUUUCUAUGAUGUGAAGGCUCGUCUGCAUCUCUACAGCUUCUUCGAUACCUUUAAUGACAGUCUGUACCCAAUCUUCAGUCCAUGUCUCGUGCAGGAGGGGAAGAACUCUUUUCCUCUCAUUAUAACCCCUGUUAAACACACGUGGCAGUGGCUACUGCCUGUCUCAUGUGUCAGUGUACAGUGGAGCCUUGAGGCAGCUGCUCUCUGCAGGUUUGAUGCCCCGUUCAGAGGCCGGUUGCUUGCUCUGAAAAUGACCCUGCCUCUCCGCCGUGCAGGAAUGGCCACCACUGGCAACCUUUCUGAAGAGCAGGUACACUGCUCCAUCUGUCUCGACGUCUUUACCAACCCCGUGUCCAUCCCCUGCGGACACAACUUCUGCCAGAGCUGCAUCCUGGGAUACUGGAAAACCAGCCCUUUGUACCAGUGUCCUAUGUGUAAGAAGUCUUUCUAUAAAAGGCCUGAUAUUAGCAUUAACACUGUCCUGAGGGAAAUUGCAGAGCAGUUCAAGGAGAUCAGGGUUAGAAGUGUGGAAGGGACGGUGAGCGAGGAAGAGGAAAAGAAGUGGACAAUGGAAAGAAGGAAGAAGGAGGAUGAGGAAAGGCUUUUGGAGAAAGAUCAGAAGCAGCAGCUUCUGGAGGAGCUGAAGCAGAAGCAAGAGGAGGAGAGGAGAAAGAAAAAAAAAACAGGAGACAAAAAGCCACUACAAGACGAGUUACCACCGCUGAUCCCCCCAGAGUCAGCACCCAAAACCUCUCCUCCACCGUCACCCCAAGCCACAGCUCAGGGGCCGCCACCUUCUCCGCUGCCCCAAACAUCACCUCCACCCUCACCUCAAAUCCCUGCUUCUCCAGCUCCUCAAACCUCACCUUCACCUCCCUCCUCUUCACUCCCGCCUCCUUCCUGGGAGGAGGUCCUCUGUGAUGUCUGCCUGGGGGAAGGCAGGCCAAAAGCAGUCAAAUCCUGCCUUGUGUGUCUGACUUCCUACUGCGAGGAGCACCUGAAAUCUCAUUCCACCAGGUUCACCAAGCACAAGCUGAUAGAGCCUGUUGCCAACAUGGAGGACAGGAUGUGUCCGAAGCAUGAAAGGCUCCUGGAGCUGUUCUGUAAGAAGGAUCAGACCUGUGUGUGCGUGCUCUGUACUGAGACGGACCACAGGGCGCACUACACCGUCCCUGUGGAGAGAGAAUGGACAGAGAAAAAGGCGCAGCUGAAGAGGACAGAAAUAGACGUCCAGCAGAUGAUCCAGGACAGAGUGAAAAAGGUGGAGGAGAUCAAACACUCUGUGGAACUAACCAAAGCCAGUGCUCAGAGAGAGAUCGAGGAAAGCAUGCAGGUCUUCUCAGAGCUGGUGCGCUCCAUCCAGAGGACUGAGGCCGAGCUGGUUUUGUCCAUAGAGGAGAAGCAGAGGCAGACGGAGAGGUGGGCUGAAGGCUUCAUCGCUGAACUGGAGCAAGAAAUCGCUGAGCUUAAGAAAAGGAACGCAGACUUGGAGAACGUGGCUCGGACUGACCACAUUCAUUUCUUAAAGAGCUUUCCAGCCCUUAGCACUCCUCCUUCUGUCAAAGACUGGUCUGAGACCAGUGUUCCCACUGACAUGUGUGUAGGUAUGAUCAGGCGAUCUGUGUCCAAACUGGAGGCAAUGUUAAAUGAAAUAAUUGGCAAACUGGCUGAAAGUGAGAUCAAAAAGAUUCUGAAAUAUGCAGUGGACGUCACUCUGGACCCUGACUCAGCCAACCCGUGGUUACAGCUUUCUCAGGACAGACAUCAGGUGAGACACCUGGGUGCAUGGCAGGACCUCCCAGACCACCCUGAUCGCUUUGACACAGUGGUCAUUGUCCUGGGCAGCGAGGGCUUCACCUCAGGGAGACAUUACUGGGAGGUUCAGGUGGGGGACAAGGAUGACUGGUACCUGGGCGUGGCCAGGUCUUCUGUCAACAGAAAGGGCAGGAUCUCUGUAAGCACUGCACAAGGCUACUGGGCUUUGGCCAUGAAGAAAGGCCAGGGGUACAGGGUGUCAACAUCCCCGCCAAUACUGCUCUCCCUCAACCCCAAACCCAAGCGAGUGGGUGUGUACGUGGACUACGAGGAGGGACAAGUGUCCUUUUAUGACGUGAGGGCUCGGACCCAUAUUUACACAUUCAAAGAUACGUUCAUGGAGAAGAUCUUGCCCUUUUUCUACCUGUACUGUUGCGACAAAGCCUCUGAUACCAUAGUGAUCUGUCCUGUGAGUGAGAAAAGCCUGAUCAAGCAAAGCUAAGGACAAAGUUUGACAGUAAAAACAGCACUGAAAAGCUCUUAUGAAAAUGAAAACUGACUGUAUUUUGUUGUAGCCAUACCUGUUUUGAUGAAAUCCUGUAUUUUAUGUUUUAUGUAUAUUUAUUACCUGUAUAGUGUAUCUCAACAAAUAUAUUAAUUGUACACCUUAUGUAUUCAUAUCAGCUUAUUGAAGUUCCACAAAGCCUUAAAAGGAUAGUUCGACAUUUUGGGAAAAACACUUAUUCACUUUCUUGCAGAGGGUUAGAUAAGAAGAUCGAUACCACUCUUAUGUCUGUACACUAAAUAUAAAGCUAGAGCUAGCAGGUGGUUAGCCUAGCUUAACAUAAAGACUGGGAGCAGAGAGAACGCAGCUACGCUGGCCCUGUCCAGAGGUAAAAAAAAUCUUUUUACCUGCACCUCUAAAACUCCCUAAUUAAAGUUUGACAUUUUGGGAAAUAAGUCUUUGUGCUUUCUUACAGAGAGUUACACUUAUUAAUUUUCUUGCCAAGGGUUAGAUAAGAAGACUGAUUAAACAAAUAUGAUAUAACUUGUUAAUUAGUGAACUGUUGGUAAGCAGAUUUACCACUGGACAGAGCCAGGCUAACCCCUGUUUCCAGUCUAUACGCUAAGCUAAGCUAACCGGCUGCUUCAUAUUUAGCAUACAGACAUGACAGUGGUAUUGAUCUUCUCAUAAAACUCACCAAGAACGCGAAUAAGCGUAUUUCCUAAAAUGAACUAUUCCUUUAAAUGCACAACGUCAAAAAAUCAAAAGAAGGUGUAGUUUUUAGAUCUGAUUUCAUGUUUGCAUGUUGAUUUCUGAAUUACGUGUGACUGAUGCAGCAAAGAUUGUAUGCUAAAGUAUGUUUAUGAUUUAUAACAAUAAAUGCUCUCUAAAAUAUU